UUUUUUAUCUCUACACAGAUUAUGAUACCGCGGCCUGAUUGGUCAAAAUCUGUCAUAUGACCCUGAUGUUUGACUGUGACGCUGACAGCUCUGUACAUCCUUAGCAAGCUAGCUAGCCGAAUCCCCGGACGUAGGUAAAAAGGAUCUGGAUAUAUAGCCACAGCUUAAAGUUUGCUCAUAUAAAUGAUAGCUAGAUAAACAGGUCAUUUGCAAAACACAUUCAUGAUUGCAUGGAGAAGUCUGCUGUAAUGGCUCUCUCUCGGCUCGUCUAGUUAUGGGUCAGGAAGCAGGCAAGUCUGCCUGGCCCAAACCAGCUGGCGGCUAUCAGACCAUCACAGGAAGGAGGUACGGCAGGAGGCACGCGUACGUCACUUUCCGGCCGACCUCCUCCAAAUGCAGAGUCUCUUCUACUGAGGACAGACAAGAAAUGGAGAUGAACAGCGUCGAAGGCGAACGCUCCUUAACCACAAAGGGGAACAUUUCCUCAAUGCUGCAGGCCAUCUUCCCCGUCACCACCAAUUCUGUCCACCCGGAGCUGACCUCAAAGUCCAGCAAAGAGGCCAACAGCAGGAAGCAGUUAUCGGGCCGGGGGGGCAUGGAGACGUCCUCUGGCAUCCACUGCAAGAAGCUCAGGAGCGAAUGCGCCGUGGCUCCGGAGCCAGAGCCCAGGGUGCGGGGUGCGGAGGCCAGUGCUUGGCCUCUGGCAGAAGAGGAGGACGAGAGGGACACGGUGUCCCCCAACCCGAGCACCCUCAGCUUUGUUAACAUUGACUCCUACGAGCCAGACAGCAGUGGUGCUGAGGAGGAAGAGGACGACGAAGACGAUGAGCUGGACGACUCGGGUGCAGACUCUGAUCCGUCGGGCGGCCUGCAGAGGCGUCUGGACAGCAUGAUCAAUGACCUGGGCAAGGAUUUUGACUACCUGAACGGCCUGCACUCGUACCUCCGCACCAGACUGGGGGCCAGCGGUGAGACCGACGCCGCCUCGUCCUCCUCGCAGGACGCGAGCAGCGGCAGGGACUCGGCAGAAAGUGCCCCGGAGGAGCCGUCGCCAGCGGCUCCUGGAUGGACUUGCCAUCACUCGAACUGUGAAAGUGUUUGCACGUCCUCUGCAGACGCCGAGAUGGACAGAUGCGGGGCGGGGGGCACGAAGGGGUCAGAAGUGGGGUCACUUAAGGACGCGGAGAACACAAUGGACGUUCAGGGGUUCGCUGCCGACACCACCACCGCUGUUGCUGCUGCCGCCACGGAGAUGGUGGUCCGGCCCAAAAUCCGCAAGCAGACAAGCGAGACACACCUCGAGAAAAAGAGGUCUUCCUCUUCCUCUUCCUCUGCACAGGCUGAGGAGGCGCUGCCGUUUGGCGGCGGUGGUGGCACCGCCGCGAGAAGUGCCGGGAAGGUAAAGUGUGGCUCGGCACCACCGUUCUUCCUGACGCAGACGGAGCGGCCUGGCGCGGCUUUCCUCUUCGACCUUCCAAAGCCGGAGCGUUGCCGUGGGGGGAGCACGCAGGCGACACGGAGCCUGGAGAGCGCCGUGAGGAGGAGCCAGACUACGAACGGCGACGAGGAUGACGAAGACGACUUCUGGGAAGACCUGGAGGAGUUCAGUGAGAAAUGCGCCUCGGCCCGGAAGGGAGACGACAGCUCUGAGUGCAGCGAGGGUGAGUGGUCGGCGUCGUGGGCCUCCGACUCGGGCGUGGAGCCGGAGCGGCGCUCCAGCGAGGAGAGCUGGGAGACGCUGCCCUGGCUGGACGAGCUGCCGGCUGGAGACGACGAGCAGGAGCUCGGGGCUCAGACCUCCACACAGGCCCCCGCCACAGACCAAGACCAGGCUCCUCUUGAGGAGGGCGAGAUCCCGUGGCUGAUGUACAACGAGGAGACGGGCAGCAGCAGCGACGAGGAGCCCGAUGGCAUCAGCCACUUCGUGCACCCCGGCCUCUUCAUCCUGGACGGCAACAACAACCUGGAGGACGACUCCAGCGUCAGCGAGGACCUGGACACAGAGUGGAGGUUGUUGAAUGACUUUGGCGAGGGCUUCGGCAUGGCUCAGGCCAUGUCUUAUGUGGACCCCCAGCUGCUCACCUACAUGGCGUUGGAGGAGAGGCUUGCCCAGGCUAUGGAGGCGGCGUUGGCCCACCUGGAGUCCCUGGCCAUCGAGGUGGAGCAGGCCCACCCGCCUGCCACUGAGCAAAUCAUUGAGUGCCUGCCGCAGAUCACCGUCGACGACGACCACAGUGGAUAUGAUGUCAUGAUGAGGAAUAAGGCCAGGAGCAGUGCUGUGCCAUCUGCUGCUGUGAGUACGUCAAUGGAGAGAUUGCAACCCAGCUGCCGUGCCACCACAUGUUCCACAAGCUCUGUGUCACCCUCUGGCUCAGGAAGUCAGGGACCUGUCCAGUGUGCCGUCACGUGCUGACCCCUGCCCAGGCGGAGCACCCUGUCCACACGUCCUUCACAUCCGAGCAAGACGGUCCACCGUCCAACCACAGCGCAGGCGGAACGCGAUGAACCAGGGGGUGGUGGAGGGAUUUGGGGGAGGGGGGGGAGACGCACUUGCUCUCACACAGAAGCCGCUUCUUUGUGAAUGUUGGGAGGAUUUUCAUGAUGCAUUAUCAAGGAUGGUCAGAGGCCGGUCACGGUCCCCUGAUCAGUUAUCUCUUCUUUUUUUUCUUUUCUUUUCUGUCUCCCAUGUUUCAGUUAAAGCAUGGGUGACCAAUCUGCAGUUGUUCUGUGAAGGAAGAUGACAACCACAUGUAUUCUUAGCACCCUUAAAAUUCAGCUUCUGUUCCUUGAAAUGUUAAAAAAAAAAAAAAAAUAUGGAGAUAUUGUCAUUUGAGCUUUUGAUUAACAUCUGAUUUUUACAUGCGUUAGAGGGAAAGAAAAACAAAAAAAACAAUGCAAGACAGCAAAGCAGUGCUUAUGAUGUUACCGCAAUGUCUGUUUCAAUUCCUGUAUCAUUUCAGAAAUCCAGCACGAAAUAAACACGAUAGUGGGAAUCA